AUAAAAUCCCCAUAUACAAAUGAGGCGACUUGUUGAACACUUACCUAGUUGCUGAGAAUGCCUCCGCUGUUACAGGGAGCUGUGGCUGUCGCGAAUGGGGAGUUCAGCAGUGAAGACAGCCUGCUCAUAGUAUGGGGCGGCUUGGCUCUACUAUCAAACUUUCUUUUCAUUACCGUCCUCAUCUUCCUCUGCUCUAGCUGUGACAGAGGUAAAAAGACAAAGCAACAGAAUGGAGACCAUGAAAACCUGAUGAAUGCGCCUUCUGACAAAGAGACACACAGCCAUUCUGUAACAAGCCUGGGGACAGAAGCUCCGGCCAGCAGUUACCGAAAUGGUGCCAUCAGCACUGGUGACAUCUCAGAGGACAGUGCAGCAACCUGCGUCCCAACCUAUGAAGAUGUGCAGAGCUCUCUUCCUGACCUGUGUGACCCUCAGGACUUCACAGGGAAAUCUCUAAGAUGCCCUCAAACCAGAGAGCUGCCGCAGAUCCCUCCUGACAACCGGGAAUCCGUCCUAUCAUCGGGAAGCCUAGAAAACGAUGUCCCUCUCUAUAAUGAGGGGCCGUACGAGGUGCUGAAAGACAGCUCUUCUCAUGACAACAUUAUAGAAGACUGCCUCUAUGAGACUGUGAAAGAAUUAAAGGAUAUUAGUUCAUCGACCAGUUCGGAAGACAAAAAUCUCACCACGAACGCAGCACAGGCAAGCCCGGCAAUCACAGAGAGCAGAAUGGAGGCUGCAGUGGAAUACGCCUCAGUGGACCAUAAUAGAAAGAGCAGGCAGAGCAUCAAUACUCAGAGCGCAGCCAGCACACCAACAUCUCAAGAUGAUGACAUCCCCCCACCACUGCCUAAGAAACUUCUGGAUGAGAAUGAAAAUGUACAAGGCAAAGAGCCUGAGGAGGAGAAACAGGACCAAGAGGGGAAUCUGGAGGGAGCAAGCCAGGAUGACAAGAGACAAAGUUGCGUAUCCUACAAAUCUCGAGAAGAAGACCCAUGCCUGACAGACGAUGACAUUUCUGCAAUGUAUUCAAGAAUUUCCAGGGCUGGACAAUCCCGACUAAAUCAAGAAGAUGUUUCCCAUUAUUCUUACAUCCAGGAUGUUGAACUAUCCCCCACUACCUGCAAUGGGACACUUGCUGCAGUUAGGGACAUUGACAAGAGCCCUAAUGUUGUUGGCUUGUCGUCCACAGUGGACAUCAUGAAUGGCGGACUAGACCCAGAGUAUGAAGCCAUCACAUCAAUAUGUCGAGAAGAGGACAGGACUACUACACUCUGUAAUGCUGGCCAGGGGUUCCCCCCACACGGUGAAAGUGACUAUGAAAGUAUUGGUGAGCUCCAACAAAACGGAGAAUACUCUAAACUUUAGAAGGUACGGUGAUGAGUUUAUAUCUGACAUAGCACAAUCCUUUUCAGGGUCCUUCCCAUACCCUAAUUAUUAACGGAUUGAAGAGAAAGCACAUCUUUAUCUAGACCAGGACUGUCUCCCUGCUGCAUGAAAGACAUGGACUUUGUUUCCAGAUACCUUAUGAUUUUAUUUUUUAUGUGCCAUUUAUUUUUUUAUAUGUAGCUGGUAUAUUGCCAAAAAAUGACAGAUCACUCUGAACCGAAAUGAACUUUUAGGUACUUAUGAGACUUACUAAUGGUACAAUUUGGAGAAGAAUUGUUCAUGUAUAUAUUUUAA